AUGGGCUUAGAUGAGGAGGUCAAGAGGUGCUUCUGGGAGGGGUUGGACAAGGUGGUGCGUGGUGUGCCGCUUUUGGAGAAGCUAUUCAUAGGAAGAGAUUUUAAUGGGCAUAUAGGGUCGUCUGCUGGUGGAUAUGGCGAGGUGCAUUGCGGCUUCGGCUUUGAAGAUAGGAACGGAGAAGGUACUUCACUGUUGGAUUUCACUAGAGCUUUCGAGUUGGUGAUCGCGAACACGAGUUUUCCAAAGAGGGAGGAGCAUUUGGUUACUUUCGGAGUACGGUGGCUAAGACUCAGAUUGUACAUCCUUCUCAGGUUAGUGGAGAGCAUAGACGAGGAAAAGAGGAGAGCGAAAAGAGAAAAGUAUAAGGAAGCCAGGAAGGAGGUGAAGUUAGCGGUCACGGAGGCAAAUACUGCAGCGUUUUCUCGUCUGUACGAGGAGUUAGGGGACAAAGGAGGGGACAAGAAGUUAUUUCGGCUGGCCAAAGUGAGAGAAAGGAAGGCUCGUGACCAGGAUCAAGUGAGGUGCAUCAAGAACGAAGAAGGAGGAGUAUUGAUGGCAGAUGUCCAGAUCAAGCGAAGAUGGCAGGAUUACUUCUAUAGACUUAUGAAUAAAGAAGGGGACAAAGACAUUGUGCUAGGGGAAUUAGGGCAUUCCGGGAGUCACCUAGACUUUAGAAGCAAUGACAUCUGUUCUGGCUCAGAGUGCAUAGAAAUGGGUCUGACCUCCACCUGA